CUUUCAAGCUUCCACGUUAACUAACUCUGAUUCAGGGUUGGCCCAACGCAUCGUAAGCUUUCACCAAAAAAAGAAAAGAAAACCCCUCAAAAUUCGUUACCCAAAAACAUGAUCACAACAUACUCAUCUUUUCAAUCCUUUGCUAUCUCUCCGGAUCCGCCAUUCACAUUUUUAGAGAGCGAGUGUGUGUGUGUGUGAGAGGGAGAGAAAUGGCAUCGAAGAAGGCCGAAGAACAAGGGUCGGCGCAUGGUGGAGGAUUGCCGGAGACAGGGGCGGAGGAGAGAGGGAGGUUCGAGUACUUCGGUUGUGUUUAUCACUUGGGUGUCAAUUCGAUCGGCCGCGAGUAUUCUCACCUUCGAUUUCUCUGCAUUCGCGGCAAGUAUGUUGAGAUGUACAAACGCGAUCCUCACGAGAAUCCUGGCAUUAAACCCAUUAGGGGAGGUGUUGUUGGGCACACACUAAUGGUUGAAGAGUUAGGACGUCGAAAACUCAGUCGCGGUGAUUAUUAUGUUCUACGGUUUUACAAUCGGUUGGAUGAGACAAAGAAGGGAGAAAUUGCUUGUCCUACAGCUGGGGAAGCCCGCAAAUGGAUGGAGGCUUUUGAUCAGGCCAAGCAGCAGGCUGAAUAUGAGCUUUCAAGAGAUGGUAGCGUGAGAAACAAAUUGAACAUGGAGACUGAGAUUAAUCUUGAAGGACAUCGACCAAGAGUAAGGCGUUAUGCACAUGGUUUGAGAAGGCUAAUAAGAAUUGGUGAAGGUCCGGAGACUCUUUUACGCCAAACCUCAAAUUUGAGCAUGAAUGUUGGAUCAGAUGGGUGCAUGCAUGGAGAUGUUACAGAUGUGAUUGGAGCACAUCAGUGGCAAUGUGUUCGUAUGGAGAAUGGUAUUAGGAUGUUUGAGGAUGUGGCUAAUUCUAAGAGUGGUAAAACUGUUCUUGUGAAGGCCGUUGGUGUUGUUGAUGCAAGUGCAGAUACUGUUUUUGAGGUGGUUCUGAAUGUUGACCGACAUCAAAGAUGCGAGUGGGAUAUGUUGACUGGUUACUUGGAGUUAGUUGAUUCCGUGAAUGGACACUAUGAUGUUGUCUAUUCAACAUACGAUAACAGACAAUUAAAAAGAUGGCAUUCUAAGAGAGAUUUUGUCUUCUCCAGGCAAUGGUUUUUUGGACAAGAUGGAACAUAUACGAUAUUGCAGUUUGCAACUGUACACAAGAGUUGUCCUGAAAAAUCAGGAUAUCGACGUACAAAAAUUAAUCCUUCAACAUGGGAGAUCAGAAGUUUGAACUCAUCAGUUACUUCAAAUGGUUCAAGAUGUGUUGUUACACAAAUGCUAGAGGUACACUCUGUUGAGUGGUGUAAGUGGAAGACUAAUCAAUGCUCAAAGUUUGAAAAGACAGUUACUUAUGCAUUGUUGAGCCAAGUGGCAGGUUUAAAAGAAUAUAUCGGAGCUAAUCCAGAACUCACAUCUCAAUCUUCAACCACAAUUGUCCAUUCGAAAUUUUCUGAUGUUUCUUCGCCAGAUAGUGAAUAUGAUGAUGCAGAAAUGGCUGAUGAGUUCUAUGAUGCAAUUUCUACUGAUUCAUCAUCUGAUGAUGAAGAUAAAGACAACAUAGUAGAAACUAACAAUAAGAACAAAAAGGUGAAGUUGAAGAACAUAUCGUGGGCUAUCGCGGGCUUGGCUUUGAAGCGAACUUCAGGUCCAAAUUUGAUCAUGGAAUUAGAUCCAGAUGUACCUUCGAUCAUUCUUGAUCCAAGCCACUUUCAUUGUUCCAUGCACCAAGGGAAGGAUGAGAGUGAUACUAACUGUUGGACAUCUCUGAGCGGUGCGGAAUUUUUAAUCCGUGGGAAGACAUAUUUGAAAGAUAAUUCUAAGGUAAAGGGAGGGGACCCGCUUCUGGAGCUGAUAGCAGUUGACUGGUUUAAAGUCGAAAAUUGUAUCAGUCAAGUUGCAUUGCAUCCCAGUUCUCUUGUUCAGUCACAAGCUGGGAAAAAACUUCCAUUCAUCCUCAUUGUUAAUCUCCAGGUUCCAGCAAGACCUAAUUACAGCUUGGUUUUAUACUAUGCUUCUGACAGACCUGUAAAUAAGGAUUCUUUACUGGAUAAAUUUGUUAAUGGAUCUGAUAUGUUUCGUGAUUCUAGAUUUAAACUAAUUCCAAGAAUUGUUGAGGGAUAUUGGAUGGUUAAGCGUGCAGUUGGAACAAAAGCUUGCUUAUUAGGGAAAGCAGUUACGUGCAAAUACCAUAGACAAGACAAUUUUCUGGAGAUUGAUGUGGAAAUUGGCUCAUCAUCCGUUGCAAGGAGUGUCAUUAGUCUUGUACUUGGAUAUGUGCCCAGCAUUGUUGUUGAUCUUGCAAUUUUAAUAGAGGCCAAAGAAGAGGAAGAACUCCCAGAGUACAUUCUAGGAACUGUUCGUCUCAAUCGUGUGAAGCUCGAAUCAGCUGCACCUUUUACGGUUUGAGAUUUUGAUAUGUCAACAUGCUUUAAUCAUCAUAUUUUCCAAAAGUAAUGGCGUUGUUGUAACUGCUGCAUUCUGAGGAUUUCUAGGUUCUGGUGUCGAUUAUUGUUUAUAUACAUUGGAUCUGACCUCCAAAUGUUCAAUCAAUAUUCAGAAACAGUCACUUGACCUCUUCUUCAAAUAUUUUUGUAUUUGUUGGCCCCUUGUUCUUUUAUUUAGCAAACAAAGGUUGCCUGACUUGGGCAUAAACUUACUCAA